CUUGCUUCUGACACUCCUGUGAUCACGAGCAAGCUCCCAGACCUGACACCAUGGUGAACUUUACUGCUGAGGAAAAGGCUCUCAUCAAUGGCCUAUGGAGUAAGGUGAAUGUUGAAGAUGUUGGUGGUGAAGCCUUGGGAAGGCUUCUUGUUGUAUACCCAUGGACCCAGAGAUUCUUUGACAGCUUUGGGAACUUGUCCUCUGCCUCUGCCAUAAUGGGCAACCCGAGGGUCAGAGCCCAUGGUAAGAAAGUGAUGACUUCUUUUGGAGAGUCCAUUAAGAACCUAGACAACCUCAAGCCUGCCCUGGCUAAGCUCAGUGAGCUGCACUGUGACAAGCUCCACGUGGAUCCUGAGAACUUCAAGCUCUUGGGUAAUGUGCUGGUGAUUGUUCUGGCUAGUCACUUCGGCAAGGAAUUCACCCCGGAAGUGCAGGCUGCCUGGCAGAAGCUGGUGGCUGCUGUGGCCACUGCUCUGUCCCUCAAGUACCACUGAGCCCUCUCGCUGUCCAGCAAUCCUGUGUGUCCCCUCUGCUCCCUUGCCACACAUGUGUUCUGGACUGAUCCUUGAUAGCACAAAAUGUUUAAUAAAGAUUAUUCUUCCCAGUAA